UGUUCUGUACGCACAUGCGCACAGCAAACCAAAGUCGGAAGUGUUUGUAAGCUUUUAAAGUAGCGCGUCUGGCAUUAGGAGUGGAGGCUAUAUUUUAGGCAAAAUGCUCAGCAAAGUCAUUGGACCGAAAUCUGCUUCUAUUGCUAGAGCCUGGUCCACAUCUAUGUCUUUCUGGGGCACAGUUGGAUUCAUAGGUCUGGUCCACAUCACAGACUGGCGGCUGAUUUUGGAUUAUGUUCCCUACAUCAAUGGCAAAUUUAAGAAGGAUGACUAAAUGACACUCAGGUAUGUGCUGUUUUUGUACACAAAGACCCACUGUAAAUAACGAACAAGAAGCACUGCAGCAGCACUCUGGUCUACCUGUGUGCCAGGCUACUGGAAGCAGUCAUCUUCGUCCUGCAGCUCAGACAACACUGAACUAGUCACCACCAACAUCCUCUGAAAUGCACCAGGAUUUGGCAUUUCAACAUUCCUCCACCAGACAACAUGGAUGGAAGGAAUAUAAAACUUUGCUUUUUCUGCUUAAGUUACUUGAUUUGCAAGUGGAAAAAUCUGUCCUUGUCAUACUCUUGUUUUGAAUCAUUAAAGUAUGUGAGAAUUA